AUGCGGUUCGCUGUGGUGAGCUCUGACUCGCCGAAAUCUCCUCCGCAUUUCGCGAUCACUCAAAAGUGCGCGGCUCGCCACUCCGCGCCUCAUGCUGCCUGCGCGUUGUCCUUUGGCGCCGGAAAUCCGAGGCGCGCAGAAGAACAGCGCGCAAAGGGAAGCGCGCGGAACGGUGGAGUGAGUCGGGGGAGAUUCCGCGCAACAGCAGCGCCGGCUGGACGCAAGUCGCUUGCGCGCGCAGCAGCGGGAGAUGAAGGCGGAGCAGCGAGGGCGGCGCAAGGAGCGCCGGACGAAGCUGCGCAACCGUCGGAUGCGCGCAUGGCGCGAGUGAUGCGCGUUUUACGGGAGGACCUGCCGGCGCAGUACGAGCGAGAUCUGGAUUGGUCCAUCUAUGAUGCCAGCGUGGCAUUCGUGGAUCCUGUGACGCGAUUGGACGGGCUAUUUCUAUACAGAGGGAUGAUCAGCAGCCUGAGGCUAAUCACGUCAGUGGGAUUCGAACCCGGGUCUCUCGUUUUCGAAGUGCACUCACUGGAAGAGGUCCCUCCCGAUGCACGCACCCUCUCGCCCUUCUCCCCGCGCGCGGGGCCGGAGGGGCGUGUGGGGGAGGCGGUGGGCGCAGUGCGGAGUGUGUGGAGCACGAGGGGGCACACCCGAUGGGGGAAGGCACUGAGCAUCACUGGAGACGACGUCUUCCGCAUCAACAGCACGGGCAAGAUCAUCACACAUGAGUCAGCAUGGAAUGAAUCUCCAUCACACGUAUGGGAAGGAUUCAGAUUAUAG